AAGUGGGAAAAGCUGGUUUUUUUUAGAUCAUUCCUCACUUUCCCAUUUCCCGCAACGCAUUUGCAUUUUCUGGGGGUGGUUGUGUCUUCCUUUUCCUUCUCCUCCGUUCUUCUUUCUUCCUCUUCCUCUCUCUCUCUCUCUUUUCUUCUCCAGAGAGACAAACGAAAGAUCAAACGAAAAAUCUCAAAGCCGGAAACUUCCCGGCGCUGUCCCGGCAGCACCAUCAUCAAUACCAGCAGCAAGCAACAACGACAACAUUAAACCUCUCUCUCUCUCUCUCUCUAUCUUUCUUGUAUGGUAUUAUUUAGCAGCGCAUGCAAUAAUUACUUGCCACAUACAUACAUAACUCGAAAGAUUCUCAUCGACCCUUCUCCCACUUCCGCUCUUCCUCGUCCAGAACUCUCCCUCUUUCUCUCGCACGCUAGCUUUCUGCGUGCAUGGCCGCCACUCACCACUUCAACUACGCGUCGGCCGACCACAUCAACAUGCUCGGCCUCCGCGACGUGGUCUUCAUCGGCCCGCCGUCUUCCCUGCACCACCAGCAGCCCCAGCAGCCGCCCUCCGUCUCCGACCACCACCCCCACCACCCCAACUUCCACUUGCCGUCGUCGACCGCCUUGGGCGUCGGCGUCAGCAUCUUCCCGUUGCUCACCGCGGCGCCGUACAAUGUGGUCGAGGAUUGCGGGAACCCCAACGCCAACAACAACAGCGAGGCCAACGGCACUGCGAACUUCUGGAGGAGAUGCGAAGUUCAGUCCAGCCUCUCCAAGAAAGACGCGCUGGGCGUGGGGGAAGACGAGAGCAAUAAAGGGGAGAAGCCGGAGGAGAUCGGUGGGUUGAGCAGUAGCAAUUUGAGGGUGUGUAAGGACUGUGGGAAUAGAGCCAAGAAGGAGUGUAGUUAUAGGAGGUGCAGGACCUGUUGCAAGAGUAGAGGGUAUGAUUGCUCCACCCACGUAAGGAGCACGUGGGUACCGGCGGCGAGGAGGCGGGAGCGGCAGAUGGCCAUGAUGGGGAUUGGCUUUGGCGCCGGCGGCGGCGGCGGUGGUGAGGGAGGAGCAGCAGGUGGCGGCGGCGGUUCUUCGGGAUCGUCUUCUGGAGUGAAGAGACCAAAACUAGUUGAUGGGUCAUCAAAUCACGGUGCAACUAAUGCUUCUUCCACCUCCAAUGCUACCACUCCUAGGAGCUUUGAUACUAGUUCUUGUCAUCAUCAAGAUGCUAGCUUCAAGCAGUCCUUACCAGGCCAAGUUCGUGCUCCGGCCGUUUUUAGGUGCAUAAGAGUCACUGCAAUUAGUGACAAUGCAGCUGAAUUUGCCUAUCAAGCUACCGUUAGCAUCAGCGGGCAUGUAUUCAGGGGCUUCCUCUAUGAUCAGGGGUUGGAUGAGAAGAAUGCGUUUCCAUGUAUUUCAGAACUUCGAUUUGGACGAGUGGCCAGCACGAGGAACGGAGAUUCUUCUCCAAUCGUUGACCCAUCAAGUGCUUAUGCAGCAUCUGGUUGUCGCAGAUUGCUUGAAGUUCCUGGCGAUGAAUGAUUUGAUAGGCAUGACAAACAGGGCAAGAAGAGCAGAACUGGGCAUAUUCAUUGUAUAGGAAUGCUACGGACAUCGUCUGCAUGUUAAGCACAGCAACAUAACAGACACGCAUCGCAGGACAACGGCACUACUUUUAGAUUUUACCUUUGUAAAUGGUAUGAGAUCAUCAGCUGUAGUAUGGAACUUUAUUUUAACUAUAUGAUAUGAAUCAACUCAAGCAGUGACUUUUCAGCUAUAUAAAAUAUUCUAGGUCUGGAAAUAAAUUGACCGGGUCCAAUUGCAACUCUUA